AUGUGCGCUUGUGAAUAAGUUGUCUCCCCUCAUGAUCGUUUCGUCCGAUACCCUAAUUGGGUCGAUCCUUGGAUAUUUUUAAUAAUGAGCAAGAGGGAAUUUAGAUAUAGCACGGUAUUACAGUGUGUCGAUCAGCAACUAAACUACAGACAUAGGCCUACAAGUUGUUUAAAUCAGAGUGAAAAUGGUAAGCAUUUAUAAAGAUUAGAAUUUAAAGUAGCUACAGCUUUACGCAUGUAGCUAAGUGGUAGAAAACUAAAUUUACUCCAGAAAUUGGGUCUACGUGUCUAUGAAGAUGAGCUGCAUCUUAAAGAACACGCCCUAAUAGAUGAAGUAGACAGAUAUAGGACCUGUGGGAGAGAGGGAGUUGGAAAUCUCCGUGUGCGGCUUGUGUCACACUCUGUGAAGCUAGUAUACCUGAGACACGUAAACUGACCAACAUAUGGUGAACACACGCCAAACGAAGAGUCUUUUAAGGAUAUCUUUCCACCUUUGUGACGGAACUUUGGGUUAUUCUACGGGACACGGUAAAUUUCACAAAAUUAAGGAUUUCCUCCACCUGUGAGCAGUCGGCUUUGCCAACUUCCCCCUAGUGUGUGCACGGCAAGAGGGGGAACAUCAUGAGUAGAAAGACGCGUCGCUGGAUUUUUCACAUUUUUCUCUGCUUGGGGAUUGUGUAUUUGAAAAUUGGGGGCUUUUCGUCUGUGGUUGCUCUGGGGGCAAGUAUUAUCUGUAACAAAAUUCCCGGUUUGGCCCCUCGUCAAAGGACGAUCUGUCAAAGCCGUCCCGACGCUAUCAUAGUCAUCGGAGAAGGAGCACAAAUGGGAAUCAACGAGUGCCAGUUUCAGUUCAAGAAUGGACGGUGGAAUUGCUCUGCCCUUGGCGAGAGGACUGUCUUUGGAAAAGAAUUGAAAGUGGGCAGUAAAGAGGCGGCCUUCACCUACGCCAUCAUCUCGGCCGGUGUGGCCCACGCCAUCACGGCGGCCUGCACCCAGGGCAACCUAAGCGGCUGUGGAUGUGACAAGGAGAAGCAGGGCUUCUACAACCAGGAGGAAGGCUGGAAGUGGGGCGGCUGUUCGGCCGACAUCCGCUACGGCCUCAGCUUCUCCAAGGUGUUUGUGGACGCGCGCGAGAUCCGACAGAACGCCCGGACGCUCAUGAACCUGCACAACAACGAGGUCGGCCGAAAGAUCCUGGAGAAGAACAUGCGGCUGGAGUGCAAGUGCCACGGCGUGUCGGGCUCGUGCACCACCAAGACCUGCUGGACGACGCUGCCCAAGUUCCGGCAGCUGGGCUACGUGCUGAAGGAGAAGUACAGCCAGGCCGUGCACGUGGAGGCCAUCCGCGCCAGCCGCAACAAGCGGCCCAAGUUCCUCAAGGUGAAGAGCACCUUCCGCAAGCCGCUCGACACCGACCUGGUGUACAUCGAGAAGUCGCCCAACUACUGCGAGGCCGACCCGGUGACAGGCAGCAUGGGCACGCAGGGGCGCAUGUGCAACAAGACGGCGCAGCAGCCCAACGGCUGCGACCUGAUGUGCUGCGGCCGCGGCUACAACACGCACCAGUACUCGCGCGUCUGGCAGUGCAACUGCAAGUUCCUCUGGUGCUGCUACGUCAAGUGCAACACCUGCAGCGAGAGGACAGAGGUGUACACCUGUAAAUAAUGGGCAAGAGUAUUAUUAUUGUUAUUAUUAUUAUAUUAAUGUUAAUGAUGGUAAUAUAAAUAUAUAAAUAUAUUUAUUGGAGUACUUAUUUAUGCACAUGUAUGCACACAUGAUGUAUAUGUGUGUGUGUGUGUGUGUGUGUGUGUGUGUGUGUGUGUGUGUGUGUGUGUGUGUGUGUGUGUGUGUGUGUGUGUGUGUGUGUGUGUGUGUGUGUGUGUGUGUCUGUGUCUGUGUUUUUGACGGAUUGAAAAGCAAGCUUGUAAGAUGCAGAGGUCCCUUUAAAGGGGUUGUUGUGGACAACUUGGGAAACAUUUGUGGGACCACUGUUUUGGACAAGACAGGACUGAUUGGUCCGGCGAGUGUUUCAGUCCUGCGAUGGACUAGUAAUUCUCAGCGCAGGACACAUGUGCACUUGUUGUGGAGACUGUUAUGGACAUGGAUGUCUGCCUUGGACAGUGUACAGAAAGCUCUUAUGGAUCAUGAGUGACUUGCUAUGGUGGGCACAGAAACAAGGCUCACUUGUUAAUGAACUUAACAUUCCUUAUUAUGUGUUUCUUUGCUUAAAAAAAAGGAUUAUCACUUUUCUGCUGUUUAUUUCAGUUCAAGUGGAUGGACUUUUUUUUACUUUUGGCAUGACAAUAUUUAACUUUUUUAUUUAGAGAAAAGAAACUAAUAUUAAUUUAUUUAAUGAGGAGACUACUGAUUUUUUUCAUUCUUUCAGCGACAUUAGGAUAUUUCGUCAGUGAAUUUCAUUGUUACUGUUGAACAAACAGCUUGACCACGUUCACUGUUACUUUCUAACCUACAAACUAUGCUGGUGCUUCAAUAUUGACAUAUAACGACAGGCAGAGAAUUCAUAUGUGUAAGAGUUGCUCUAUGUGAUAUAUAUGACAGCAUUUUUGACCAACACUUUUUAACCAUUCCAUAUUGAAUAUUGAAUUAGCAUUCAGUACAGUAUAUGCCACAUUCCAUUGCCAAGAUGGCAACUUCUUCCUCACAGAUAUUUCUUCAUUAAUACCACUAUCCUACAGUGCCCAAAAGAUAACAUUUCCAACCCGUUUUAUAACAUAACUACCGUGGGAUCUAAAGGCUUUCUGUGAAAAGAGAGAUUAUAACAAAUGACGUCUAUAUGAUGGUUAUGAUAAGGGAUGCAAUCAAGUGCUUAAAAAAAACUCUAAGGACCAAGGUCAAAAACAGAUAUCAUGCCAAUAAUCUGAUAGACAUGUUUUUCAUCGCAGCAAGUAUAGUUGUGCUCUUACUUAGUCCCGAAAUGGCGGCGUCAUAACUAUGACGUCCAGUUUUCCGGACCACCAUGGUUGUCUUAUGAGUAGCCUAUCUGAAUUGGAAUAGUUUUAGAGGUUGCUUAAGUGUACUUAACAAGAAGACGAAUAUGGAAAUGGAAAAGGAACAUUCCAGUUAUUUUGCCAAGUAUUUUGAUCGUGAUAUCAUUAUUUUGUGAAUAUACAACACCACUUUGUCUAUGCUAGUCAUUGCACAACCCUUUUUUUAUAACAUGAGAAUACUCCCCUACCUAUCAUGAUACACUGGAGUUGUUUAUACUGUAUCUAUGUCAGCUAUUUUGUCCCAAAAUGAAUCAUUGAAUGCCUUUUUUUAGUGUAAAGUGUUUUAAAGACACUGAGACAUAUGGCAUUUUGAAUGCACAUUCUCAAUUUUGCUGACGAUAAAUGAUUCAUUUUGACACAUUAUAGCUCUGUAUAUGUAUGUGGAACAGCAUUCGCUACUUGAGAGGAAUAAUGGGGUCUAGUGCGUAGUCCAUAUUGUAUUUUAUGUUUAGAAAAAAGACCCCACUUGUGUGCUGCUACAUGUCUAGCUGCAAUUAUGCAGAAUUGCCCAUAAUGACAGCAAUGUUCACUAGGUAAUUGCCACUGGUAUCAUCGACUUGUCUGAUAUUCCUGAUGAACUGUCCCUGUGUAUGCAUUGCUUAAUAGAUAUAUUUUGUAAGAGAUUAUUUUUAUAUGAAUGUUUUAUUUAUUUUGAUUUUCUUUUGUAAAAAAAAAAGAAAAAGAAAGAAAUAUGCCACCAUCCAGCUCUAACAGCAAUUUCUGUAAUUGUCAGAAAUAAAAAUUAAUGCUUAA